GGGACUUCCUGUUUGGACAGCGGAACUSGAUUUUUCUGUUUGUAAACAACUUGCGGCAAUUCAACAAUGACUAUUACAAGAACAUUUAUUUUACAAUAUCCUAAAACUAUCACUGCGGUCACACUGACAGGUGUGGGACUUUUUGGCUUGAAGAAAUGGAUGGCUGGUGGUGUGUGUCGCAGCACAGCUGGUUUAGAUGGAAAGACCAUACUGAUUACUGGCGCCAACACCGGGAUUGGAAAGGAAACCGCUGUUGACCUGGCCAGAAGAGGUGCGAGGAUCAUUUUGGCUUGCAGAGACAUGGACAGAGCUGAUAGCGCUGCAGAAGAAGUGAGGAAGAGGAGCGGAAAUGACAAUGUGGUUGUCAAAAAGUUGGACCUGUCRUCCUUGAAGUCGGUGCGCCAGCUUGCUGAAGAUGUCCUGGCAAAUGAACAGCGACUGGAUGUUCUCAUCAAUAAUGCAGGUAUUAUGGCCUGCCCACAGUGGAAGACUGAAGACGGCUUUGAGAUGCAGUUUGGUGUGAACCACCUGGGUCACUUUCUUCUGACAAACUGUCUGUUGGAUCUUUUAAAGAAAUCCACUCCGAGCCGCAUUGUUAAUGUCUCCAGUUUGGCACAUGAAAAAGGUCAAAUCUACUUUGAUGAUAUAAAUCAAGAGAAAAGUUACCGCCCUUGGAAAAGCUACGCUCAAAGUAAACUCGCCAAUGUCCUCUUUACAAAGGAGCUGGCCCACAGGCUGCGAGGCACUGGAGUAACGACUUAUAGCCUCCACCCUGGAGUAAUUCGGACCGAGCUUGGCCGAUACUUCAUGCCCACCAUACCCCUGUGGAAGAGAAUUGUGUACAAACCAUUCAGUUUCUUUAUUAAGAGUCCAACAGAGGGGGCACAGACCACCAUCUACUGUGCUGUGGAGGAAAGCCUGCAGAAUGAGAGUGGAUUCUACUACAGCGACUGUGCCCGUAAAACUGCCGCCCCUCAGGGACUGGAUGAUGAAGCUGCAAAGAGGCUGUGGGAUCUGAGCGCCGCCAUGGUUGGUCUGACACAAUCACAGUGACACUGACGAUGACGACGGUGGCGGUUGUUGUUUUCACGGCGCCAAAAGGGCCACCCGAGCGGCCUAAGAGGAUGGCGGCUCUCUUUCUAGCGUCACAAAUGAGCUCAAAGCAAAACACGGUGCUUCGUCAGGGAUAGACAUUUAUUUAGAAUGUACAACAAACUACAUUCAAAAAUAUUUGUUGUUGUUGUUUUUUUAAAUAAGUGCUUCCUUUCAGGUUAGUUAUACAGCAGCUACAUGAUCCUCAGAUUCCCAUUAAUAUGAGAUUACAUUUUACCACCAAGUUUCA